UCCGCCUCCCGCGGCGCCACCGCCCGCGCAGACCCAGAGCGCGGCCGCGGACGAAGAUGGCGACCGCCAUGUACUUGGAGCACUACCUGGACAGUAUCGAGAACCUUCCCUGUGAACUUCAGAGGAACUUCCAGCUGAUGCGAGAGCUGGACCAGAGGACGGAAGAUAAGAAAGCCGAGAUCGACAUCCUGGCUGCCGAGUACAUCGCCACGGUGAAGACCCUCUCGCCCGACCAGCGCGUGGAGCACCUGCAGAAGAUCCAGAGCGCCUACAGCAAGUGCAAGGAGUACAGCGACGACAAGGUGCAGCUGGCCAUGCAGACCUACGAGAUGGUGGAUAAACACAUCCGAAGGCUGGACGCGGACCUGGCUCGCUUCGAGGCGGACCUGAAGGACAAGAUGGAGGGCAGCGACUUUGAAAGCUCCGGAGGACGGGGCCUAAAAAAAGGUCGAGGUCAGAAAGAAAAGAGGGGCUCCCGGGGCCGUGGCAGGAGGACCUCAGAAGAAGACACCCCAAAGAAGAAGAAGCAUAAAGGAGGGUCUGAGUUCAGCGACACUGUGCUGUCUGUGCACCCGUCCGACGUGCUGGAUAUGCCCGUGGACCCAAACGAGCCCACCUACUGCCUGUGCCACCAGGUGUCCUACGGGGAGAUGAUCGGCUGCGACAACCCGGACUGUCCCAUCGAGUGGUUUCACUUCGCCUGCGUGGACCUGACCACGAAGCCCAAGGGAAAAUGGUCAGUACGGUGCCAGCUCCCCUGCCGCUGGUCCUGGUCUGCAGCGGGGCUGCCUUUUCCCGUGUUCCCCUCAGUGGUGGCUGUCACUUCAGUAAAGCUGGCCAGUCCCCAGGGACAGGACCCUUUGUUGACCUGUGCUGAGUGACAGCCUGGACCGCUGCCCUCCUUGUCUCUGUGUGUGGCGCCUGGUUUUCCGCGUUGCGUGUGCAGAGGGCGGGAGCAGCCCCCGAGGCACAGUCUUCAGUGGGUGACUGGGGGGCGAGGUGCAGGAGGCUGGGAGGGCAGCGGGAGCCGUUUGUGGGACUUCCGGGGGGAGGGGCUCUGCAGGCGAGGGUCAUCCCCCGUGUUCGGGGAAAGGGCGGGACAGGCAGAGCCUGGGAACCUGGGUGACCUACCCUUGUUGCCCAUCCCUGGGUCCGCUGUGCUCCCACGGAGAUGGCAGAGCCCAGAGUGUGGGCGCUCACUGACCAGUGUCGCUCCUCUGCGGUCUGGCAAGGAUGUGCCUGCUUGGGGGCCUGGAUUGAUGCUGGUGAAUGGUGGCCUGGGGCCUGGCAGCUGCGUCGCAUGCACGUCAGCCGUCUCCCUUGUGUCUCUGGGCCGAGUCUCAGGCUCUGGAACCUGCUCGCCGGGGUCGUCAGGGGGUGCCUGUUCAUCAUGCAGUUUCCAGGGCCGCUCAGCCUGGCUUAUCCCGGGGCAGGGCCAGGGUCUGCGCCUGCCUGCUUGGGGUGCGCCAGCGGGGGGGGGGUCACCUCCAUUUUGGUCUCGGUGGCCCUGUCAUCACACAGGGAGGGCCGGUGACCCUGACUGAGAGGACACCUGCUCGUUGAUCUGUGUCUCCUCCACCGAGUUCAGGGCAGACGUGCCAGAUGGAGCAGCCACAUGGGUUUCCCUGGUGGGAGACACAUGCCCUGUGGGUCUCUUGUCUGGCGCCGUGUCGCCAGCAUCCAGCCGUCCUGGGAGAUGCCAGGCACAGGGCCUGGGCCUCCCAAGUGCAGGGCCCUCACUGCACCUCUCCUGUUGCAGGUUCUGCCCACGGUGCGUCCAGGAGAGGAGGAAGAAGAAGUAAGGGCGAGGCCGACGCCUGGGCUGAGGCCAGCGCCCACGUUUCUGCAGUUCUUGUUGCAAUAUUUUAUCUUCAUUUUAAAACUACCUUGUUCUGAACGAUCUUUAAUAACCCAAUGGCCAGUUGUCAUUCUGGAUGUUUCCUGAAACAGUCACCUGAGCCCUGUUCGCACAGAGGUGUGAUCUCAUGGGGACUUGCCCCAGUGACUUUUCCUUGUGACUCUGUACAGCCCCAGUGCCAGGGGCCCCGUGGGGACGUGACGCGGCCGUCGCCCUUGCUGGAGGUGUGAGCCUGGCCUUGGCUGCCUGUGUUUCCAGGGGCUGCUCCCCCGGGGCCCGGCCCCCGGGCACAUCUGCCGUGGAGAGCGCGGGUGUGCGGAGCCCGGGAGGGGUCGGCCACACUGCCUUUCCAUCUGGACCCCCGGUUCCCUCUGUGAGGGGUUGACUUUCUGGAGCACAUGGCUCUCCAUCAGCCCACAGGCUGUCGGUCCCUGUGACCAGGGCCAGCGAGGUGGCCGCCGUUCUCCUUCUCCGGGGGCUGCUGACGUUCUUACUGUGAAGAUGCGUCGUCGUCGUCGUCGUCGUGACAGCGUGAGGACAGUGUCUGUGUCGAAGCUGGUCCAGGUUCCUGGGAGGCGGUCAGCUUCUUAGAGCCAAGGGGACGACGGUUCUGUGCUGUGAUUUGUGAAGUUCUGGAAUGAAGCUGGGCACCUGGAGCGCACUACGUCUUUGGUCAGCUUUCGCAGGCUGGCUUGGAGCCGUCUGGGGCGUCGCGGGGAGACGGCGCGCGUUUGGUGCACUGUCGUCCGUGUGUCGUGGUUCAGAGAGUGUGACUGAGACCCUCUGGCGUGGGUCAGCAGCGGCCAGAGGCCUCCGCGGGAGGAAGGGCUUCCAGCCGGAGGUGUGCGGGUCAGACGGGAAGUGCCCAGCCAGGAAGAGGCGCACCUGCCACGGCCGCCGCUCCGCCUGUUGCCUCGUGUCGCCGUGGAGGCGGUCGGGCAGGAAGGACUGUGAGGCCGCGGCCCGGCUCCAGGGUCAGUGCAGCGUGCGUGGCCCCCUGUCCCGGGCUGCGUGGUGGGGCUGGGGGCUUCCCGGGCAGACAGCGCUCCGGAACCGAUUCCUUCCUGCCCCAGAGAAGGGGCCGCCUCUGAGCGAGUGCCAGCCGCAGCCUCGGGCUCCACCUCGGCCCGGACCCAGGGGCCUUUGUAUUUAGAAACCUAGCUUGUUGUCACCACAGGUAUUUAAAGCUUGUGGGGAAUAAACUGUGGAAAAAUGUUGUCCUUCA